GCCACCUUACACAAUUCCUAUUCCUCUCCUUACUAGGCCACCACCCAGCAGCAACGCACACACCCUUGCAUUCUUUCUUUAUUAAUAAUAAUUAAUAAUAAUAAUCACUCGAUACAUCACAAACCAACACCGUCUUCAGUAGUAGCAUAUCAUCCGUUUCAAAUCUUCGAUUCCAUCGCUCUCUCUCUGCCGAACAUGGCGCCGCCAGCGGCAGUAGUUGAAGGCGGAGGUGCAGAUGCAGCACCACAAGGUAGACAACAACCUGGCGGAGGAGGGUUUAGCUUCACCGGUAUCAUUCGCAUGGUUGUUUUCUGGUAUUUCGCUUCCAAAUUCUUCUCUCCCUCCAAAAAGCCUACCGAACCUUCCGCUCUCAUCUCCAACCUCUUCCACAAAGCCCAGCCUAUGGAUAUGUGGGUUUAUCUUUCUGAAAAUGAGAAAUUCAACGACUUUGGUAGUGAAAAUUCUCUUGUAUGGCACGAAACCAAUAUUCCAUAUGCUGUUUGGGGACCUGAGAGUACCAGGUCUCUUACUUUGAAUUAUCCCCCGACUGAGUCUCUGAAGCACAAUGGGAGUCUAUAUGCUCAUGUUUUCUUUGCACAAUCUGGAUAUUCGCCCGACCCUAGUGAUCCGGAAUACCAGCCUCAGGCAGCAUUUGGAAGGACACAUCCUGUUGUCAUAUACUUGCCAAAGUCAAAAGCAGAUAAAAGGAAGAGUCUGUUGGGAGGCCAACCCGAUUCAAGUGAGGAUCAAGUGACAUCCGAGGUCGUUGAUGAUACUGAAGAUGAUUCUAAAGAUGAUGGUCCUGAGGAGUGGCGUUCAUAUUGGAAACCAAAUAUAACAAUUAACUUGGUUGCUGACUUCACUCAGUACCCAAAAACAGGCAUACCACCUAAUAUCGCUCCACACUUGAACAUUGAUCCUAUCACUGGGAACUACUAUCCAACUAUUUUCUUCAAUGAGUUCUGGUUGCUGCGGGAUAAAUUGAUAACUUUAAAUGAGACAGUAACUGAGUUAUUACUUAAUCUGGAAGUUGGUCCCAUUAGCAUGACGAAAUGGCAAUUAUUCCAGCAAAUUGACCAGUCAUUCCAGAUUCACCGUAAUUAUGGAAGCAUGCUUGAAGGCGAGGCUGAUGAACUUAAGAGGGUAUUCUUGGAAGGAAAUCCUUACCUCCUAGGAGUUACCAUGAUUGUUUCUCUUCUUCAUUCAGUAUUUGACUUUUUGGCUUUUAAGAAUGACAUUCAAUUUUGGAACAAAAAUAAGUCUAUGGAAGGACUCUCUGCAAAGACUGUUGUUGUGAGCUUUAUUUGUCAGCUUAUCAUAUUCCUCUAUUUGCUUGACAACGACACUUCUUGGAUGAUUCUUUUGAGCUCUGGAACUGGUUUGGUUAUCGAGUUCUGGAAAAUUGGAAAAGCCAUGCACAUAGAGAUUGAUAGGUCAGGGAGGAUACCUAUGUUGAGGUUCCGAGAUCGAGAGUCAUAUGCAGGGAAUAAGACAAAAGAGUACGAUGAUAUUGCAAUGAAGUUUUUAACCUAUGUUCUAUUUCUCCUUGCCGCUGGCUUCGCUGUUUACUCUCUAAUGUAUGAGCGUCACAAGAGCUGGUAUUCUUGGAUUCUGUCUUCACUCACAAGUUGUGUAUACAUGUUUGGCUUUAUUAUGAUGUGCCCUCAACUGUUUAUCAACUACAAGCUCAAAUCUGUUGCUCACCUACCUUGGAGGCAGAUGACUUACAAGUUUCUCAACACCAUUAUUGACGAUCUUUUUGCCUUUGUCAUCAAAAUGCCAACACUACACCGGCUUUCUGUCUUCCGUGAUGAUCUUAUCUUUCUAAUAUAUGUAUACCAAAGGUGGAUUUAUCCAGUGGAUAAGAAGCGUGUAAAUGAAUUUGGUUUUGGAGGUGAGGAUGAUCAGGCCGUGGUUUCUGCAGAGUCGGAUGCUGCAAAGGAAGAAGAGAAGAAAACCAAUUGAUUUGGUUUUCUCUCAAACGCUUGAGGGAGUUGAUACUAAAUACAAUGAGGAUUAAUUUGUGUUUACUCUCUCUUUGAGAUAUACAUUUGCUGUUAGGUUUUUGUUUGAAGAAAUCUUGACCUUAAUCUCCUGGAAGUUUUACUAGGACAGAAAGAUGAAGGGUAUCUGGCUACUACACGGCAGUCGGUGAUGGUCAUACAGCUUUUUAGUUUCCUUGUUUUGUGUAUUAGAAUGCCCUCUCCUUAGUUUUCUUUAUUAUCAAAUAUUUAUGCCUUAUUUUUGGAGUAGGUCACUUUUUCAUUGAUUUUUCCUUUUCUAAUGUAUUUUUGACUAAUUUAUCCCUGAUCUUAAAUUAUUUUUAUUGUAAUUUGUGUUCCCCUUUUCUAACAUUUCAGAGUAUACUAAUUUUUAUA